AUGACAAUAACUUCAUUACCAUUUCCACCUCCUCCACCAAUUAAAAGAUCAUCUACAUUAUCAAAUAGUUCAUCUUUCAAUAGAAUACGACCAGUCACAUCAUCAUCAGCAUUAUCACAGCGACAAACAAACUGUAAUGAAACUACAACAAUAAGUGAUGAAGAAAAUUUUGAAGAAAUGGAACAAGAAGAAGUUGAUGAUGAUGAAUUUUUUGAAUAUUCAUAUGAAGAAGAAGAUCCAAUAGUAUUAGUUGAAGAUUAUUUAUCAACAAACUUAAAUCAAGAAUCAUCAUACACUAUAAAUUCAUCAAGUCAUAAAAUUUUAAGACAAAAAUCUUUGGCAGAUUUUAAAAAGAGAAUCAUGUCGUCGUGUUCAACGACUUCAAGUGUGAAUUCAUCAAUUGAUACAAUACAGCAAGAUACCCAAACUUAUACUACAAACCAAUCUUCAAUAUCAUCUGAUCAACCACAGAAUCCAGCUCUACCACCACAACAACAACAACAACAAUUAGUAGAUGAUUUACAAGCAAUAUAUGGAGACUUACCAAGUUUCAAACUUUUAAAAUAUUGUGAUUUGUGCAGCAAACCAUUAUAUGAAAUAUCAUCAAUAAUAAAUUCAACAAUAAAUUCAACUAUCAACCCUUCUAAUUUAAAUGAAUUUAUAUGUGGUGAUUGUAUAGGAAAUUAUGAAAUAUUUUUAAAUGAAUUUUAUAAUUCACAGGAAAAUAAUUUACAAAAAGAAUUAAUAGAAAAUGAAGAAUUUAAAGAAGAUAUUAGAGAUAAAAAAAAUCAUAAUUCAAAUAAUGGUAAAAAUCAAAAUAAAAUUAAAAAUAUGAAAUUAUGGAAUAUUUUAAAUCAAAUAUCUUGUAAAUAUAAUAUCAAAAGAGAAGUUUUGUGA